CUGGAUGUCUACUCCUUCAUGCGCUCCAGUGUGGCCGGCGUCCCGGUCGUGGAUCUGUCGGGAGGCAUCAGUAUGAACGAGGAUCACGUGAUCAGAGCAUGGUUGGACAUCAAACUCAUUCCUCUGCUGUCGUCCAUCUCCAGAAACUUCCUCACAUGCCUCAGCAACAGAAACUUCAGCUGCAGCGCCUACCAGACUGUUGUAAAGGAGUUGAGUCAGCAUUUCUUCGGUCUGGAUCCAGUGCGACAGAAGUGGAUCUACUCUUUCUUCAUGUAUCCGUUUCUGUCGAGAAACACAUCCUUAGGUUGUGUAGAUCCAGAGGACAGCACUGAGGACUGGCUCAUGAAGAACUUCGGCUCGUUCUCGGUCAUGGCUCAAGUGCGAGACUUCACAUCCAUCAACAUGGUUUUCAGUGGGCUGGAGGUUUUGCACCUCUUGAGUCCAGAACAGAAGGCAGAGCUUCUCCUUCAUCCGGAGGAGGUGGGCUUGACAGACAGCUCCCUCAGCCUGGUGUUUAAGAGUUUGCUUUCCUCACUGUUGCCCUCUGAGGAUCCAUGGCCUUCAAACAAUGGCACAGCAUAUUAUAUGAGCAACGCUCCAUCUGCCUCACCUCAGGACCCUCUUGGAAAGGCAAGAAUCAAGCCAGUCACAGUAUCAUGGAUGUAA